AUGAAGCUCAUGACAACGCUCGUCGUCGCCGCGCUCGUGGGUCUGGCUUCCGCGACCAACCCAACCGUUGGGACGGAGCCCAACGCGCCAGCGCGGAACAACUUGCGCGGCGGCGACAACCGUAUGCCUCCGACGUCGCCGCUCGCCGCUACCAAGCCUGCGUCACCCCACACGCUGCACCACCACCCCUCGACGAGCCACCAGCCGACGGAAGCUGCCAUACCAGCGCAGCUAUCCGUCUCGACGUCUGAAUAUUCACACGAGCAGAGGCCGAAGGCAGCGGCAACGCCCAAGGCACGAUCGCCGCAGCACGACGAGUGGCACCCGGGAAUGAGCCACCCACCGACGACCGGGCCGCAGCCUGCAAUUCACCGCGAGGCAUUCGUCGCUGUCGACGCAGAAGUUGACGCGAAGCAACCGCGCCUGCACCACCACCCGGUAACGAGCGUGUCGCCCAGCAACGACCGGAAGCUAGCCAAACCGGAGCAUGAACGGAAGCCUGUAGAAUCGGCAGGUGGACGCGAGCUUCUCUCGGAUGCUAGCGAAGCAGCAAAGGUGAAUGAGGUGCCAGUGGGUGGCGUGCCCAAGUAG